AUGAGAAAGGAUCCUAAUAUAUAUUUAGAAUCUAUUCAUUACUCUAUUGAUGAGAGAUAGAUAUAGAUCUCAUAUUAAAGAGUAAAGAGAAAUAAUGAAAUAUACGUAGGAAAUCAAAACUGCAAAGUUGCAAUUAAACUUUGUCAGGGAACAGUGGACCUGUUGACUCUUAGAUAGUGAAUAUUUAAAUUUAGUAAUGACAUAUAUGCAAUGCAACUCAAAAAUCAAUUUUUUAUCCAUUCUAAUUUUUUUAGAUUUGAAACUUCAAUUAUUGAAUAGAGUUCAUUCAUUUUUUAGGAUUAGGACACCAAUUAGAUUGGCCAUUAAAUGACAUCUCGUCUUCAUAUUAGUUUCAAGAGAUAAAAACUCUUCACAUCUCCAAAAAAUCUUGAAGAAUUAAUGUAACAAAAUAUUUCUAUUUUUUUGUAAUUAUUAAAUUAUAAAAUUGAUUAUACUAAAAUCAAGUAUUUCAAACAUUAACAUUUUAGAAAUAUAUGGCUGAAAAAACUAAACAAACAAAAGCACUUCGAGAAAGAGUCCCAUUCCAAAAUGACAAGAUUAAAUUGA